CCAGGUCGCAGGUGGGUGUGAUGCCGGCGGGCAAACGAGAGAGACGGGUCGAAUUGUUUGGGGGCGACGGGCUGGAAUGCGAAGUUGAUCCAGGCGAUGGCGGAUAAGAGGGCGAAUAGUCGAAAGGCAAGGUCGAGGGAGGAUGCUAGCAUCGAGCGAGCGGGUGGGUGGAAGUGUUUCUCCUUCCUAGGCUGUCUCUUCUGGUGUCUCGUUCGUUUCGCUUUCUCAAUUCCCAGUGGCUCGAUGUCGGCGCCAGCAAAGUUGGAGGAUUCGUGGUGCGUGUCUCUCUCACUUUUGCCUGCAUGCGGUAGGGAAAGGAUUUUGUUGAAACUCACCUCUUGGUCUUUGGAUUGAUGAUGGAAUCAAUCAAUUGACGAUGAGUAGAAAAACGCAGCAAACAGGAAAAGAAAACACGAGCCGUUGGGCGGACGGUGGG